AUGGAGGAAUUGGCUACGCUAUCGCCGAGUAAGCCGCUUACGUCUUCAAUUCUCGACCUCAUUAUAAUCACGCUCGAUUUCCACGUCAUGCUCUUGGAUUCCUUGGAUUUGAAGCUGGAUACUAACGCGCUUAUUGUCACGCUUUCUUCUGUCACGUCACUUGCUAGGGAGUUUCAGCGCCGCGGCGCGAACGUGUUCGCCACGUCACGCCGAGUCGACACGAUGAAGGGGCUGAAGGAGAAAGGGGUGAACACGCUUGCGCUCGACGUCACAUCUGAGCCGUCCAUCCAGGUGAUCCGAUGGCUGCCCUCCAUCCACUACUCCUCUUUCCCUCCACUACGGGCUGUAGUGAAGGAGGUGGCAAGCUCAGCAGGGCGGGAGGACGUGCUUGCUGGUGAACAACGCCAGGUUUGGUGGGCUGUUGGGAUUGCCAUACUGUGCCUCCUUCGGCCCCACCCACGUCUUCUCUCCUCUCCACCACUACAGGCAGUAGUGAAGGAUGUGGCAACCUCAGCAGGGGGGGUGGACGUGCUGGUGAACAGCGCCAGGGCAGCAGUCAAGCAAGCAGCAGUCAAGCAAGUCACGGCUGCAGCAACGCGGGCUGGGGGCUGCCAUGGGCAGCGGGGCGGGUGGAAUUUGGGGCGUGGCUGUCUUUCCUCCUCUCCCCCUAACCUCUAUCUUCGCACAAGCAGCAGUGAAGGAGGUGACAUGGGCAGCGGGGCGGGUGGACGUGCUGGUCAACAACUCAACGGGGGGUGUGAGCUGCUGAAAUUACGGUACCAUGCCUCCCCGCCUCCCCUCUACCCACCCCACAGGAGGCAGUCAAGGAGAUCAUGCGUGCAGGGCGGGUGGACGUGUUGGUCAACAACUCAACGGGGGGUGUGGGCUGCUGAGUUUGCCGUACUGUGCCUGCGCCGCCUCCCGUCCCCUCCCAUACAGGCAGCAGUCAAGCAGAUCACCAGCCAAACGGGGCGGGUGGACGUGCUGGUCAACAACGCCGGGUGUGGGCUGCCGGGACCACUGGCUGAACUACCCAUGGCGAGGAUCAAAGAGCCUCUUUGCUAUCAAACGCAAGAUUCUCCUUCUUGCCCCCACACCUACCCUUCCCCCUCUCCGCUCCCCACUCCUCCUUCUUUCUCCUCCAUCUCCCUCUUCUCCUCCGUCUCCCUCUUCUCCUCCGUCUCCCUCUUCUCCUCCGUCUCCCUCUUCUCCCCCGUCUCCCUCUUCUCCCACCCUCUUCCCUUGCAUGUGUACGUACGAUCCGUGUAUGACACGAACCUGUUUGGGGCAUUGGCGUUGUCCCAGGCAGUGUUUCCCUACAUGCACAAGCAGAGGAGCGGGCGAAUCAUCAACGUUUCCAGUGUUGCUGGUUACACGUACAGGUGGGGUGGUUACAGUUACAGGCCCUUCGUGGGGACGUAUGGGAGCAGCAAGGCGGCGUUCAACGCGGUUACCAACUCCAGCCACCUAAGAAAACCAUUUCAUCCCCCCCACCCCACCCACCUGUCAUUGCUUGAGCAGCCCCUUCGUUGGGGCGCCCUUCGUGGGGACGUAUGGGAGCAGCAAGCGGCGUUCAACGCGGUUACCAACUGCAUGCGCGUGGAAAUGAAACCUCUGGGGAUCGGUGUUGUGCUUGUUACACCCGGCUACAUCCGCACCAACAUUUUCAGCCAAUCAGAUAUUCAGUCUACUCAUGUCCUCCCAAUUGUCUUCUCCCUCCUUCCGUUACCACCCCCAUCCUUCAUGCAGCAAGAAUGUCUCUCACAUUCCUGUCCUCCCGCCAUCAAGCCCGUUUAA